AAAAAAUAUUAAAAAAAAAAAAGAUAUAAGUGGAUGGCCGGUGCAAGAGACAAGUCUGAAGUCGAACAGUUGUCGACUGCACUUCGCCACGCGUUCAUACUUGCAUCUACAGAUUAGGGUCGACUACAGAAUAUGGUAGCCCGCUGGACCCUCUUGGCCUUCUCUAUUAAAUUCCAUUGUAACGUAUUCUUCUCCUUCUGGCUGUUAAAAAUUUAAUAAAAGGGUCAAUUCAAUUGUUGCAAUUUCGUAGAAAAAUAAUUUGGCGCAAGAGCAAAAGUCUUUUCCUUCAUUGCCUUGACUUGAAGCUCACAAGUCAAGGCACCAAUAAAACGGCAAUGAGUCACACCCAGAGCUUAUUCCUAUUCUUUCUCCCAUCCUCUGCUCAUUCCACAUACACCAAAGCUUCACAGGUAUUUUUCUCUUUGCUAUCGCUAAGGAAAUUUGUUCUUGCAAAUCAUUUUAGUUGCUGUAUGCUCACAGUAUUUGCAUUUUAACUUGCUACUGUACGCUGAAAUGCAACACUCUCUAGGCCAUUGGUGGAGCGAGCAAUUUUACUUGGGGGCAGUGGUCUACACUUAUAUUAUUGUAAAUUGGAUUGUUGACCUUUAUUUAUAGUUCCUACACAUAAACUAUUAUAGGUUCCAUAUUGGAUUUGGCAUAAAUGGCACUGGAGCUCAUACCUAUAGGAACCAUUUUGGCUGUGCUGACAAAUCAGGUCCUAAAAACAGCUCAGGCUGCAAAGGAUGUUAUAAUUGAGAAGGAGAGUUUCAGGGUUCUGUCAAAGCAUCUAUUUGAUAUUGAACCUGUGUUAAAGGAAUUGCAACUUAAAAAAUUGAAUGAUUCUCAAGCUGCAAGGCUAGCCCUUGAAACACUUGAAGUGGAUGUCAAAAAGGCAAGUAACUUGGUUGAGAAAUAUAAAAAUCGAGCCCGUUUCUAUUUAUUGUUGAGGUGCCGGCACAUUGUCAAUGAGGUACAGGAAGUCACUAGGGAUAUUGGAAGGUCUUUGGCUGCAUUAUCCCUUGCAAAUACUGAAGUUCUUGCAGGAAUAUCUGACCAGGUGAAUAGGCUACAGAAUGAAAUGCAAAGGGUGGAAUUUGAAGCAUCACAUUCUCAGCUUCAAAUUGUUGACAAGUUAAAUCAGGGCCUUCGGGAUCAGAAACUCGAUCAGGGUUUUGCAAAUGACAUACUUGAAGAAAUAGCUCGGGCAGUUGGGGUUCCUGUAGAACCUUCAGAAAUAAGCAAAGAACUGGCAAGCUUUAGAAAGGAAAAAGAAGAAGCUGCCAGCCGAAAAGAAAGGGCUGAAGUUCUCUUCUUAGAGCAGGUUAUUGAGCUGCUUUCUCGAGCUGAUGCUGCCAGAGAUUAUGAAGAAGUCAAGAAGCAGUAUUUUCAGAGGGUUCAGGUUAUAGAGCGGUACGAUGAGAGGGAGGAAUAUAUAGAUCCUCUUUCUCCUUUCCUUUGUCGUAUAAAUGGGACUGUGAUGAAUGAUCCUGUUAGCCUUUGCACUGGUACUACAUGUGAGAGAGCUGCCAUUGAAGCUUGGUUUGACCGUGGAGAGAGAACUGACCCAGAAACUGGUCAGAUUCUUGAGGACAUAACUUUGAGGUCAAACCUUCCCCUUAGACAAUCAAUAGAGGAAUGGAGAGAACUGAAUUAUUGCCUUAGAGUAAGAGCUUGUAAGGCAAAGUUGUUAUCACAUGUGGACUCCUCUGUGGAAGAUGCCUUGAGCCAAAUGCAGGAUCUGAUGAGAGAAAACUCUAUAAACAAGGAUUGGGUGUCUAUUGGAGGCCUUACAGAUAUUAUCAUAUCUAUCCUUGGGAGCUCUCACAACAAAGAUGUAAAGAGGAAGAUUUUAGUUACUUUAAAAGAUAUAGCCGAAGGGCAUGCAAAGAAUAAGGAAAAAUUGAUCAACCAUGAGGGGUGGGAUCACAUUAUUCCCUGCUUAGUGCGUGACUCGAGCAUCUCCAAGGCUGCAGUGGAAUUGCUAUUUGAGUUGCUGCAAGAGAGGUCUGGUUGGAAUGUUUCUGUUUGCAGGAAACUUUCACAACAGAGCAGUGCAAUUCUUUUCCUUGUCACCCUCUUGACUAGUCCUGUCAGGGAAUCUUCAGUUUAUGCAGAAAAAAUCUUGAAUAAACUUUUUGAAGUUGAUGAGGAGAAUAUACCCCGUGCCGCAAAGUCAGGCUGGUAUAAGCCACUUGUUGAUCGGAUUGUACAAGGGCCGGAGUCUUCAAGGAUAUCGAUGGUCAGAGCUGUAGUUAAUAUGGAAUUGGUUGAUUCAAAUUUAAAGCUACUUGGUGAGGAAGGGAUAAUACCUCCUUUGCUUGAAAUGGUGGGAUCUGGCAAUAUCGAAUCAAAGGAGUUGUCCUUGUCUGCCUUGAUUAAGCUGUCUGAUUGCAAUUUCAAUAAAGAGCUUAUUGCUGCUGCUGGUGGGCUUUCUCUUGUUUUAAACCUCAUGUUCUCUUCCCAUAUACGAACAAUUAUUAUUACUAAAUGUGCUGAAAUCCUAGAGAGAAUUUCCUCUUCUGAUGAUGGAAUUAAGUACUUUGUUGAUGAAAAUGGAACCCAGCUCAACUUAGAACCAAUUAUCAAGAAUUUGUUAGGUUUGCAACAGGUCCCAAGCUUAUCCCAUAGCGUUCGAAGGCCUGCCUUGCGUGCACUUAUCGGGAUAUGCAAAUUUGAUGCAGCAUUGGUUAAGACUGCAGUUCUUACUGCCAAUGGUGUAUCGUUAAUACUUCCUUUUCUUGAUGACACAGACUCACAAAUUCGUGAAACUGCAAUUACUAUUCUUUUCCUCUUCUCCCAUCAUGAAUCACAGGGAGUGGUGGAACACCUGCUUAAACCAAAAAGGCUUGAGGCUUUGGUGGGGUUUCUUGAGAAUGAUGAUAAGGGUGAUGUGCAGAAGGCUGCUGCUGGUUUAUUAGCCAAUCUUCCCAAAUCUGAAGUAACACUGACUAUGAGGCUAAUUGAGCUGGAUGGGGUCAAUGCGCUCAUAAAUAUUAUCAGAACAGGGGACAUAGAAGCCAAGGAAAAUGCUCUAAGUGCACUGUUCAGGUUUACGGAUCCCACAAAUCUUGAGUCACAACAUAUUGUGGUUGAACAAGGAGCUUACCCUUUGCUUGUAAACUUACUGAGAACUGGUUCUGUAACUGCAAAGGCCAGAGCAGCAGCACUUAUUGGUGAUCUUUCCAAGAGCAGUCCGAAGCUUGUUAUUGUGUCCAAUCCAACUGGCUGCUGGUGUUUUCGGCCAACACGCCCUAAGUUAUGCCCAGCACAUGCAGGCAUCUGUAGUGUAAAAACUACAUUUUGUCUCCUGGAGGCAAAUGCUUUGCCUUUCUUGGUAGAACUCUUGCAGGGAGAGGUUCCUGCAACUGCUCAUGAAGCAAUCCAGACACUCUCCACACUGGUUCUGGAAGGGUCUCCUAACAGAGGAGCCAAUGUGUUGCAUGAGGCUGAUGCCAUAAAGCCUGUGAUAGAGAUUUUAGGCCGGGGAACAGAUUCUCUAAAAGAAGAGGCUUUGAAACUCUUGGAGAAGGUCUUUUUGUCAAGGGAUAUGGUGGAACACUAUAAAUCAACAACUAGGUUUCAUCUUGUUAGCCUGACAGGGAGGAAUGUUCACGAGGAUAGCCGAAUUGGGAGGAAGGCUGCAAGAGUUUUAUCACUCCUUGAACGCUAUUCAAAAUCAUCAUCUCUUCUGCCAGGAAUAUUUGGUUGAAUAGAUCUGUAGUCAGGCCUAUCUCUGUUCUUCAGGAGUCAGGAAUUCUUUGCACAUGAAUACUUACAAUAUUAAUUUACUUGAUGUUUUGGUCAUCUUACUCGAGUCAGGAUCUCAUGCUGCAAUAGUGUCAUGGUAUUUUGUGUGUGACUAUUUUUUCCACCCUAUUUUUCAUAGAUGAGUCUGUACAGAAACAUUUAAAGUCAACUAUUGGCUGCACUUAGACAUCUCAAUGAUAUUUAUUUAUUUAUUAA